GCUCCGAACCCUUCCGCUUUUGUUCAAUAGCAACUCCCAUGCGAUCAGAGGCAGCACAUGCACCAUCUGUAUUCGGCGUUUUUCUAGCCGAUACGCAGGCACCGACAGUCGCUCCGCGUCGAGCCUCGACGGCGACACUGUAGCGCGGCCCCGCGCUCCGACAUGGUAUUUUCUGAUCAUUGCUCGCCUUGGCUUCUAGCGAGUCACCAUCCGAUGGUACUGACGAAUCGAAAUUGUGCCCACGCGCUCAUACGGCAGACAGCCUUCUCUCCGUGCCACCGGACAUACGCUGACGCCUACUACGUUGUUAAAUGCCGACCCCAGUUCGUCCAAAUGAGCUCGUUCAACUCAUCACAGCCACCAUGGAGAGCGUAACACCUGCGACUUGCACAGCGCUCUGCGUUGGAUGCCUCACCUACAUUCUACUGAGAGCCUUCCGCACUUUCGCGGGCACCGGCAGUGCCCGAGGGCUUGCGAAGCUCCCUGGACCUCGCGGCUGGCCGUUCGUCGGCUACCUGCGUCCCGUCGAGAAACCCGUGAGUGCCAUGUACAGACAGUGGAGCGAAGACUACAAUUCCGACAUAAUAGGCGUGAACAUGCUGGGGACCAACAUCGUCAUAGCGAACACCCUCAAAGUCGCAGCCGAACUCUUGGAGACUCGAUCCGCCAUCUACUCUGAUAGGCCGAACAUAGGCAAUACCAUGCUGAGAGAGCUUGUUGAAUUUGACUGGAAUAUGUCAGUCGCACGAUAUGAUUCGUACUGGCGCGACUCUAGAAAGGCGGCCUCUCAAGGAUUUCAUCUACAAGCGGUCAUGCGCUGUCGUCCAGCGCAGGUCAACGUGACACUCAAGCUUCUCCGCAACCUCAUGGACGCGCCGGAAGACUUCCGGAGUUACAUCAAGUACUUUGCAGGGCAGCAAAUCAUGCACAUUACGUACGGUAUCGAAACUCAGGACAGGAACGACCCGUACAUUGAAGCGGCAGAGCACGCGGUGGCCAUCGCUAUUGCAUGUCUAGUCCCAGGCUCGUUCUUGGUGGACCUCAUUCCCAUUCUGAAAUAUAUUCCAGAGUGGUUCCCUGGUGCUGGAUUCAAGAGACAAGCGCGAGAAUGGCGGAAACAUAUCAGUCAUACAUUGAAUGCGCCAUUCGCUGCGAUAAAGGCGUGUGCUAGCUCCUGCACCAUCUCGUUUAGCAAUAACCAACCACCGCUCCUGGAGAAGAUGCUCGACGGUCCCGGCGACCCUGUGUAUGCGGAGCACGUCAUAAAAGGCACACUCGCCUCUAUGUAUCUAGGUGGAGCAGACACGACGACAUCUACACUGGAGACAUUCCUCCUCGCUAUGACGCUGCACCCUGAGGUCCUGCAAGAAGCCCAACGCUCUGUGGAUCGUGUCUGCGAGGGACGACUGCCCGACUUCUCGGACUACGACGCACUGCCGUGGAUACACGCUAUCGUGAGGGAAUGUCUGCGCUGGCGACCAGUUGUCCGGAUGAAUGUGGCGCACAUGGUGACCAAGGACGACGUCUACGAGGGCUAUCAUAUCCCGAAGGGCUCGCUUGUCCUCGCAAAUAUCUGGGCGAUCCUGCACGACCCUGAGGCAUACGCCGAUCCAGAAACCUUCAACCCGCGACGUUUCCUCCGACCACGCCCGGGCGCAGAUGCUACAGACGCAGAGAACGUCGAGCUCGACCCGACGGUGCGCGACCCGAUAGUGGUAGCUUUCGGCUUCGGACGGCGGAUCUGUCCCGGGCGACACAUGGCGUACCAGUCCCUCUGGGUCGCGGUCGCGAGCAUAGCCGCUGCAUUCGACAUCACCAAGGCCGUCGACGCACACGGUGCGGUCAUCGAGCCGAGUGGGGAGUACACGGAUGGGCUUAUCACGGCGCCGGAGCCGUUCAAGUGCUGUAUCCGUCCGCGGUCCGCUGCGCAUGCGGCGUGGGUGCAAGCUGCUUUAGAGCAAGAUGCUUGAAACAGCUAGUUGUAGAUAGCAAUGUUUCAUUGACCCGCCACGACAGAGAUUCAAAUAUGACAACUGUGCCUUUCGCGACGGUUAUUACAAGGACAUGUAUAAACCAGAAACAGCGCCGUACGUCAUCAUUGCC